GAGCCCGCUGCUGUUUUACAGGAGCCGGACGUAGGUUCUGUGUCUUUAACCAGAGAAAUGAAGAAAAAUCUUCUUAUCGCACUCUCUAAGGUUUACGGAGAUAUUCAGGUCUGGAUUCCUGAAACGGAGGUUGAUUCUGAUGAAAAGACCAUGGUUUCUGAAUGUUUAUCGGAGGAUGUACAUGAGCAGCAUAACUGUUUGAUGAAAGUCCUAGCUGACUUGAUUCUUUUACUUACAGUCGACAGUCGGUACAUACAGCAUUCAGUGGGAAAGAUUGGCAAGGCCGUUUCUAAGCUUCAGGCUCCAUCUACUGGCCCGCAGCAGCUCAUAUAAUCCAAAUCUUGCGGAAUAUACUGAAAAGUUUGAAGCAAGAGUCUCAUGAUCAGCACGAACAAGGUUUUGGUCUAGUGGUAAUACCACUAGCCUUGAUGGAGCUCCCAACUUCGAUUCCCUUGCCAGAGAAUAGGGUCAAACAGCCCACCUUUCAGUACUUCACUCACAAAUUGCUGGAUGACUUAUAGUUUAAGGUUCUUCUGCAGUUGGUUGCUGUGUCUUCUUGUUUGGAGCAUCAGUUAGAGGGAUAUAAACAAGCGUUCAUGAUGCAGAAGAGGAUAUUGGAUUUCUAGUUUCAAAUGCUUUCUGUCCACUGAAUUUAUUCC